AUGCCAUCCACGUGCUCGUCGGUCUGGGCGCCGAUCGCACCGACGGCCCGCGCGCUCAACGGUGCGUGCGCGGCGCCGCUCGGAGCCUCCAGCCAACCCUCCACCCCGCGCUGGCUGUCCUCGCCCUCGCCGGCGAGGCCGCCGACACAAGCGUGGCUGUCCUGCAUCAGCGUCGACGCCGUCCUCGGGGUGCCGCGGGGCGAGGCGCGGGCGGCGAGGCCGCGGCCCGACGGCCCCAAGAGGUCCCCCUCGCUGCGGGCGCGCGCGAGUCCGGGCUUCACGUCCACCGCCUCGAGGAAGCCGUUCUUGACGACCAGCUGGAAAGCGGCGGCCCCGCGCCGCGUCGCCGCCGGGGCGCCUGCCGCGCCGGGCGUCUCCAGGGCCGCCCCGCGGAGCAUCCCUGGGGCAGCUCUUGCAAUAUCGGCCACGCCUGGCUGCGAGCGGCUCUUCGGCCAGAAAGCCUCGAGCCCAAAGGCGUGA